UCUGUACAGGGCAGCUUCGUGGCCAGCAUGACCGCUACUCUGAGACAGAUGGACGACUACCACUACACUCACCUGAUCAACACCUUCGGCAAGAUGAGGACCGACGUUGUGGAUUUCCUGAUGGAAACAUUCAUCAUGUUCAAGGACCUCAUUGGGAAGAAUGUCUACCCUGGCGACUGGGUCAUCAUGAACAUGAUGCAGAAUAAGAACGGCAGUCUGAAUCAGGAGUGUGGAAUGGAACUAUUUUUAUGUCUGUCAUGAAACCACACGGGUCUCGAGAGUCCACACGGACCUCAGGGUCCACAUGGGCCUCGGGAGUCCAC